AUGUCCUUUCUUCAUACCAGUGAAUGUUUAAAGAGUGAACUCGACCUAUUCACCCUGCCGCCUACACAAACCAGCAUUGAGAGUUCACAAUGGAUUCACUACAAACCUGUGUCUUCUCUCACGGACGACGCGCCCAUCGAAUUCGUCGUACCCGGGCAUGGAGAAGAAUACAUAGAUCUUGCUCACACCAUGCUGUCGCUGCGCAUGCGAGUAGAAACGGAAACUGUAGCAGGAGCCGCCGGCGCAAAAGUAGGCCCAAUAAACCAUAUACUGCAUUCGAUGUUCAAUCAAAUCGACGUAUAUUUCAACCAAAAGCUCGUAUCUCCUCUAAACAAUGCUUACGCUUACCGCGCUUACAUAGAGGCGUUAUUAAAUUAUGCUUCACCAAUAAAAACCUCCCACCUGGCUUCGUGCCUGUGGUACAACGAUACGGCGGGGAACAUGGACGCUCUACCGGGAGCGACACCAUGCAAUCACGGACUCGACAAGCGAGCCGCUUUUGUACAAGGAGGACGAACACUGGAUCUCAUCAUCUGGUCAUCAUCUUCACUGCGACGUCUUCAAUCAAGAUAA